AUGCCUCCAGCAGAGUCAACCCUUUUGAGCAACUACCUGCUCACGCCGGCCAAGCUCCCUGCUAUUGUGUCUCUCAAUGAGUUCAUUUCAAUGUUUCCGAAAUCCCAGCAGGCGUCUCCCCAGAUCCGAGCGCUGUACCGUGAUUUGCAAGCUCAGCUCAACGCUUCUGUGGAUUCGGUCGCCGCCAACAUUGAGGGCGAGUCAAAACGAGGCAAAGCUCUCCGUCGAGAGGUGACUAGGGCCAAGAAGGAGUCAUCGAAGGAGGAGCUGGAUGAUGAAAUGGAAAUAGAGAAGGCCCUCGCUGGGACCGCCUUUAGCAAUCACCAGCCCAGACACAAGCUCGGUACGGUCCUUCCCGAGCUGGAGACUGCCAUCAGCGACUUGGAGGACGAGAUCCAGGCCUUUCGCUCGGAUGAAGAAAAGCUGUUGCUCGCCGUGAGGCAGACCGUGGGCAAUCUGAGCGAUCUACGCUACGGAAAGUUGGCCAACAGCCAUCUGCGGGAUCAGGUCCUGGAAGGACUGGCGGAUGUGCAGGCAACGUGCAAGCGAAAACCAUGA